ACUUGGAAGAUGAGGAUGACACUAUUGACAACUACAUAGGCGAAUGCCCAGUAAAACUGAAGACGUUUUUAAUUGAUUCAAGUCAUCGCUUUAUUUCUGUCAACAACAAAGGGUCGCCUGAAGAGAAGGAGAAAUUUGCCAAAGACCUGAUAGACAUGGUAAAUGACAUGGUUGUUGAAAAUGGAGGCGAGUGCUACACAAAUGAGAUGUAUGAGCGAUGUGAAGCUGAUCUUCGAGAAGCUGUGAAGAAUGAAAAACUUGACGGGAAGAGGCAGAAGCAACUCGAAGAGAAACUUAAACAAGAAACUGCUGCCUUUGAAGAACAGAUACAAAACCAGCGUAUUAAAAUGCAAGAAAUGGAGAAACAACUUGAAAAAGAACGACAAUCAAGGGAAAAAGAUCGAGAAGAUCAACGGAAGGAACAGGAAAAAAAACAUGUGGAAGAAGAAAAGAAACGACAGGCAGUUCAAAAGGAGGCAGCGGAAAACAUGAAAAGAGAGUAUGAGAAAAUGAAAGAAUUUCAGAAAAUGCAGAUGGAAGAAUUUGAGCGUAGGAAAGAAGAACUGAAAGAAUUGGAGAUUCGUAAACAGAUACGAGAGAAGAUUGAAGAAGGCAAAGUUGGCAUCAUACGAACUGUAUUUCGAACUAUGAAGGGGUUUUUUGUUUCACUUUGGUAAUGUCAGUCUCGUUUGAAAGAACUGCAAACGAUAGAAUAUAGAAUAUCUAGCAUCACUUAUUUUCUGUGAUUCAAUCAUACAUGAGUCACUUUUUAUGGCCAAUGGAAUCUGAUUGGGAAGAUACUACAGACUGACUUCUCUCUGGUGUUAACCUUUCACAUUUUUCAACAAACCUGUUUCGUCGGUUCAUUCGUUCCAUUUCACAAUUUUUGGGAUAAAAUUAUCUCUUCGUCUGAAGCAACUUUAGAGGCCACAGGAAAUGCUUAAUUUUAGACAUCCUUGUUGUAAGAGGCAACUAACGAGAUCAGGUGGUCAGGCUCGCUGACAUGGUUGACACAUGUCUUCGUAUCCCAAUUGGGAAGCUUGUGGUGUUAAUCACUGGGUUGUCUGGUCCAGGCUCAAUUAUUUACAGUUCGACGUCAUAAAAUUCGAAAAUGUAUCAGUGCGGUGUUAACAACCAACAAAAGAGCAAAUAGAUCC